UAGACGCAUCAUCUUUUCAUCGCAAAGCUUUGAAACCCACAAGCUCAGGAAAUGGCUCACCAUUAAGAACAUGUAUGAAAAAAGACUCCCAGCACUUCAAGAAGUCAGUGAACUGCACAGAAACACCACACGAGAUGAUAGCAUUUCAGAUGUGUGGUGGGUGUUUGUCAGCUGUCAUCAGAGCUGUCCUUAUCACUGAGUGUCUGCUGACUAGUGUGAGAGGAGAUGGAGCAGAUUCUACAGAGAAACUAGAAAUUAAGUACGCUUUGAUCGGAGGUGGGAUUGGCCUGUUCCUGGCUGCUGGAUUUAUUAUUUUCAAGUUUUGCCUCAUCAGGAAGCAUGUCCGUGAUUACAACACAGAUGGGAGCAGGAAGACACCUUUAGAGACUCAAAUGCUCCAUUUGGGCCCUCCCAGCCAACCAGAACAUCCCGUGGCCGCGGUGUCCGAUGCAAUAAUAAAUGUCGGGCACAGUGAUUUGCAAGAUGAUGUGAACCCUGCAAACAUGGCUACUGGGUGAAAGGUCAACCAGGCGGCCUAUUCCUCUUACUCCUCACGUUUUUGCGGCUCGAACCUAGAUCGGCUUUACGCAUGUAAUUGAACCUCACUAACGUGGCAUUAUGGUUUUCGUAAUAAGCGUCCGUCUGAAGACUUGUAAUAAUUCCUUUUUAUUUGGGUGUGGAGUUGUGUUGUUUAAAACAUAAACAAGGUUUCAGCCAUUUAAAAAAAAAAAAAAAAAAGCCUGAAUAUGUGUGAAUUUGUGUUUUUACGUUUCACUCUCUGAGGAAAAUCAAACUGCUCCACUGACUCACAUAAUACACACAGCUCCACUCAGCAGAAAACCUCUGCACUAACACGCACUUUAUACAUUUUCCACAAGGGGGCGAUAUUUACCUCCAAGAAAGAAAAAAAACUCUUAGAAAAGAGAAGUCCAGUUUCACAUCUGAGCACCAGAGGAGCCUUGACCAAUUCUUUGUACUUUGAUUACUUGUUUUUAUGUCAGAGCAUAAACAAAUGGGACAUUUAAUCAUAUCUACAUAAUGAUGUGUCCCAGUUUCCUUUAAUAAAGCAACAUUUUUGUCAUCAUUAUAAAAAUUUAAAAAUCCUUUUUAACUGUGCCUUCACCC